ACUUUUAACUGUAACAAUUGAAAGUGAAAAAGAGCAACAACUCAUGUUACUCAGCCACAUUUCUGUAUUGUACAGAAAAUACUGUUAGAUCAUAUUAAAAAUUUUUAAUUCAUAUUUUAUAUCAAACUAUUCUUGGGCUUUCUUUUCAUAUCACCAUGACUGCAAGUGCACCGAGUUAUGUAUUAGAUCAGGUUGAGGAAGAUGCUGGAGAACUUCAGUUCCCGAAAGAAUUUGAAAAUGCAGAAACUCUCUUAGUUUCUGAAGUUUUAAUGUUACUUGAACACAGAAAAAAGCAAAAUGAAAACGCCGAGGAGGAGCAAGAACUUCCAGAAGUUUUUAUGAAGACUUUAAAUUACUGUCAAAGGUUCAGCCGUUUUAGAAACAGGGAAACCAUUUCUGCUGUCAGAAGUUUAUUAACACAGAAGAAAGUUCAUAAAUUUGAACUUGCUCAGCUUGCAAAUUUAUGUCCUGAAACUCCAGAAGAAGCUAAAACUUUGAUUCCAAGUCUCGAAGGAAGAUUUGAGGAUGAAGAAUUACGUCAAAUAUUGGAUGAUAUCCAAACUCAAAGAAGUUUCCAAUAUUGAUUUCUUUUUACAUAAAAACAGAAAAAAUUGUAUUUCUGUUCAUAUAACUAAUAAGAGAUCUUCACUCACAGCAUUUUCUGAAUGUUUCCAUAAACUUAUCACUAUUUGUAUCAUAUCAUUUGUUUACCAUUCUUUUUUAUACAGUUGAAAUUUUUUUUCUUUUAUGUGGAAAAAUUACAUCUGAAUAUUUAUGUAUUUGGGAAAUUGUAA